AUGGUUUGCAUUUAUCACGAGCUACUCAGAGAAUUCUUCCUUCCACAAAGCUGCCUCUGGCACCGCAGUUAUGCUAUAAAAGGCAGCUCAUCUCUCUGCUCUCUCAUUCACUUCUCUUGCAUCCUUCUUGGGAACCAGGUGCACCUCCAGCCACAAGACAUGUCCUGCUGCAAGCCUUGCCAGCCCUGCUGCCAGCCCUGUGGCCCAACCCCACUGGCCAACAGUUGCAAUGAGCCCUGCUGUGUGAGGUGCCAGGACUCCACUGUUGUCAUUGAGCCCUCCCCUGUGGUGGUGACCCUGCCUGGACCCAUCCUCAGCUCCUUCCCUCAGAACACUGUUGUGGGCUCCUCCACCUCUGCUGCUGUUGGCAGCAUCCUCAGCUGUGAGGGAGUGCCCAUCAACUCCGGGGGCUUUGACCUCUCCUGCAUCACCAACCGCUACUGCUGCAGACCCUGCCGCCCCUGCUAG